AAACAAAAACUACGUAGUAGAUACUGGAUUUAAGAGAUGGGUAAAGUAUGCGGCGUAGACCCAACCUCCCGCGCCGUCACGGACACUAUAAAAAGGGCCACAAUCAUUUUUAAAUCACAGCUUGAUGCUUAGCUGCCAAAGUGCAAGAAGAAAAAGGAGAAACAGAGCAUCCAAGCCAUUUAAUAUCUAACACAGCACAAAGAAUGGAAUAUAAGAACUUUCCCCUGAGCUUCCUUCUUUGCUGCAUGUUGCUUACAACCAGCUAUUGUUACAUGAUAUUUGAGGAAAAGCAGAACUCGGACAGCAAUGCAAUAAAUAACAACAAAAUCAAGAUGCCAGAUCUCCCUCCCAUCUCUAUAGUAGAUUUAACCAAAACUUCCUUGAAGCUAAGCAGGAAAGAAGCUGAGAAAAAGAAAUCUAUGAAGAGAAUGGGGCAACAAAAAAAACCUUCUCGACCCAAACCGCCUCCCCCUCCAAACUGUGUCGCUACUUGGGCAAGCUGCAAGCCACCAUCUCGUCCCUGCUGUGAUUUCUGUGCCUUUUGCCACUGCCGACUUUUUCAGACCAUCUGCUACUGCCGUAUGGGAAAUCCAAACUGUUAAAUCAAAGUCAAGAAUGCUCUCAGUAUUUCAUUAUAUCUUCCAUACCGGUUGCCUUGUAUCUGUUUUCCAAAGAGGCCAAGAACUUUGUCUUCUUCCAAGCAUCACAUUCCUUGUGGGAUCUAUC